AAAACAACUCCGACUCUUCACUCGCGGAUUAUUGUGAAACUUAAAGCCAAGCCAACCAAAUACUUCCUCUCCCAGAAACCCCUUCAAAAAACCCUAGAAUUCUCAAUUCCUCGAAAUUUCAUCCCCAGCUUAGCUUCCCUGAUUUUCUUCCAACACGAAUUCCGGCGAGAUCUCAAGCUUUUCGUUUCGCGGGGAACUAAUUUCUGAAGGUUCGAUGGACUUCGACGAGUACGAUUAUUUGGAGAAAGCCGUGGAGGAGCAGGAUGAUAGGGAGACGAAGAAACCAAAGAGGAGCGAGAGUGAGAGGAACGAGAAAAGCACCAGGAAGAGAGAGGUAGACGAGGAAGCUGGAUCCGGUGGUCGCGAGGACGAGGAGGUGAAGGUCAAGCGGUCAAGAAGCGAGCAUGAAAAUGGGAAGGAGGAUAGGGAUCACUCGGGGCGAGCGAGGGAUCGGCAUCGAAGAGACAGAGAGGAGGAAACAGACGGGGGAAAAGAGAGGGAUAAAGAAAGGAAUCGCACGAGAGAGAGGGGUAGCAGUGAGAAGGAAAGGGAUAGAGACAGGGAUAGAGAGGAGAGAGAUAGAGAUAGACAUAAGGAGAAGGAGAGGGAGAGAGACAAGGAUAGAAAGGAUAAGGAAAGAGAUAGAGAGAGGCAUAAGGAGAAGGACAGAGAGAGGGACAAGGAUAGGAGGGACAAGGAGAAGGAGAGGGAGAGGGAGAGGGAGAAGGAGAAAGAAAGAGAGAGGAGAGACAGGGAGAGGAGGGAGCGGGAGAGGGAAGAGGAGAGAUCGAGGCGAAGCAGAAGCCGGUCCGUUCGGGAGCGAGAACGUGAAGUUGAUGUGAGGGAAAGCAGGAGAAUGAAGGAAAAGAAAGACACGGCAGAGCCUGAAGCGGAUCCAGAGAGGGAUCAAAGAACUGUAUUUGCUUAUCAGAUGCCUUUGAAGGCCACGGAGAGAGAUGUUUAUGAAUUCUUUUCAAAAGCGGGAAAGGUGAGAGAUGUCCGGCUGAUCAUGGACAGAAAUUCUAGACGGUCAAAAGGAGUUGGGUAUGUUGAAUUUUAUGAUGCGAUGUCUGUGCCUAUGGCUAUUGCUCUCUCUGGUCAACUACUUCUUGGGCAACCUGUAAUGGUUAAACCUUCGGAGGCUGAAAAGAAUCUUGUUCAAUCAAAUACGUCGGGGGCCUCUGGUGCUGGUCCAUAUGGAGCAGUAGACAGGAAACUAUAUGUUGGAAAUCUACAUUUUAAUAUGACAGAGACUCACCUUCGAGAGAUUUUUGAAGCAUUUGGUCCUGUGGAGCUUGUGCAGUUACCUCUUGACCUUGAGUCCGGUCACUGUAAGGGUUUUGGAUUUGUUCAAUUUGCCCAUCUAGAGCAUGCAAAGGCUGCACAAAGCUUGAAUGGGAAAUUAGAAAUUGCUGGCCGAACCAUCAAGGUUUCAUCUGUAACAGAUCACAUUGGAGCACAAGAGAGCGUUGCAAAAUCAAACGACCUUGAUGAUGAUGAAGGGGGCGGUCUGGUUGGUGCAUUGAAUGCUCAAUCAAGAGCUCUGCUUAUGCAGAAGCUUGACCGCACUGGCAUCGCUACUAGUAUUGCAGGAUCUCUUGGAGCUCCAGUGUUGAAUGGGUCAGCCCCAAAUCAGAGAUCUACGAGUUUGCCUCUAAAUGGUCAAGCUGCAGUUGCUGCACCAGUACUUCCAGCGAAUUUUACUCCACCUGUUUUACAAUCUGUUGGCAGUCCUAGUGAAUGUUUACUACUGAAAAACAUGUUUGAUCCUUCGACGGAGACGGCACCAGAUUUUGACAUGGAGAUCAAAGAAGAUGUUGAAGAGGAGUGUUCUAAAUACGGUCACGUUAAACAUAUAUAUGUGGAUAAAUACUUCCGGAAUAGGGAUGGAAAAAAAUUACUAAUGCCUUCAUGGAUGGGAGAAUCUUAUUUUCCCUAUUUAAUUUUAGGCUGGUUAUGGAAAGGGCUAUCUUAUGCUGAAAUUAGCCUUGCUCAUGCAUUAUCACAAAUUUAUAAAUAUACUUGACUGACAACAUUUCCAUUUAGUAUAUACACAGGCAAAUUAGUUGUUUAACAAGAAUUAAAUCUCGAGUUUUUUUUGGUUUGUGGGGGGGGGGGGGGGAGGGUUGAUUUGGUUAUUUUUUGUUUUAUGCUGCCCUUAUUGAUCUUUUACCCUUUUUGAAUAUUCAAGCUCUUGUUUGUUUAUUCUUCUGAGAUUUGAAUUAGGAUGUUUUUUUAUUCUUCUUGGACGGUUGUAGUAAUGAUUGAAUAUUUAGAUGGUACUAGCAAAAUUAUUUGGACUUUUACAUGGUUAGCUAAGGAUGGUUCGGGAAACAUACUUGAGUUUGCUUGAUUAUCUCACUGCAGCAUCGUUAGCAGGGCUGCAUAUUACUGUCGAUAUAUCUAGAAGUUAAUUAAGUUUGGAAAGUUAAAUAACAUGCUGUUAUUGCUUCCAUAAAAAGAAAGCAAUUGUUGUUAGGUUCAUCAUUUUAUAUUGAUGGUACUUGAAUUAACGGAGAAGAGAGAGGGCAGGUAAAGGUAGGGAGGAUAGUGUAGGGAACUGCUCUUACACUUCAUGUAUUUGCUAACGUAUUAAGACUUCAUUUGAUAACUGUUGGGUUAAAAAUUUAAGUUUUUGAAAUGCACCCCAAUAUUAUGUUGUCCACUUUUUACUAAUGUUUUCGAAAACUAAAAGGGUAGCUUUUUAAAAAAUAGUUUUUACAAAUUUUGACUGAGCAUCCAAAUUUUCUUUCUAACAGUAAUUAAAUUGGGAGAAAACAAAUCUAAAUUUGAAAAACUAGAAGCUAAACACAAAUGUCCUAUCUUUUUUGUGUUUCUUCUGAACCUUUGUAUCAAAAGUGAUGCUCUCUCCACCUUUAUAUCAGAAGAGAACAUACCUCUCGAUUAUAUGAUCAAAUAGAUGUUUGUUCUAUUUUUUCAUCGUCUUUCUUCUUUUAUUAUUUUUCAAUGUGCAGAAAUA